AUGAAGUCGUUUACUUACUACGCCGGUCUCCUACUUGUAGCCCCCUUGGUUACCGCAAAGAAAACCAACCUGCAAUGGGCGAUAUGUGAUCCAGACCCUCAAACUGUCCUCCGAAAGCUGGGACUGGGAACACCCGACCCUUACAAAGAAAACCCGAUUACCUACUAUGAUACAACCCCCCCGGUAUACAUUUCCGAUGGCCUCAUGUUCCGCACCAAGACUUCGAAAGGCGAAAAUAUCUCCACGGUGAAAGUACGACUCCAGCAGGAAACCUCCGAUGUGCCGGAAUCGGCAGAGUGUGUUUGGGAUCGCUACGGUGAAAAUCCUACGUACACUUGCGAGAAGCGAUGCCCCUUGCAGGGAUCUAGCAUUUGGUGCGACCAACAAAUCGAGCUCGCGGAGCAUUACGAGAACGUCAACUGGGAGGAGCUUAUAAAUUAUGGUCCGUAUCAGAAUGCCAAGUGGAAGAUACGGAUUGAAGGUCACAAAGCCAAGUUCGAUGACGUCGCCGCCGGCUCGCUACACCUGAUGGAAAUCGAAGCCAAAGUACCGAAAAAGAAGGCCGAUAAGGCUUAUAAGGAAGUGACUGAAUACCUGAAAAGCCAUGGGAUUGUAUUGUGUGACCCACAAGAAGGGAAAACUGCUAGACUCUUCCGUGCUCUGGGUUAUACCGAGGAUGAGCGAGGCGAUCUUUAG